AUAGCAUCAUCGCGAAUUACGCUAUCCCUGAGUGAUCAAGGCUCGCCAUGAAGACUGCUGGGGGGUGAACUGACUUGAUCUCACUCGGCUCGCAAUCCUCAGGAUGGAGGCAUUUACCUUUGCCGUCUCCACCCAGGUGGACUUCCCCAUCCACGUCAAGAUUGGUUCCCUAGAAGGAAAGCAGAAGGAAAUCCCAUUCUCCGUCCUCCUCAAACGACCCGACCUCCGUCACCUUGGCUCCGCCCAAAAUCCUCACUCCGAUCUCUUUGUGACCGUGCAAUUGUGGUCCGAAUCCAAGCCGCUGGGCGUACCUUUACAGACCCCCUACAAGGCAUUCAAGUCCGCUCGAUCAUGGAACGAAUGGCUGCAAAUGCCGGUUUCGAUUAAGGAUGCCCCCCUCAAGAGUCAACUAGCGAUCACGGUCUGGGACCUAUCUCCCUUCGGUGGCGAAGGAGCUCAUGGUCAUUACGUACCCUUCGGUGGAACAACAAUCCCGCUAUUUGACGCAGACGGGAAAUUGAAGAUGGGCAGACAGAAAUGCAAGAUUUAUCGCCAUCGAGCCGCGGAUGGUUUCUCUUCCACCACGACCCCCUCGACACCGCCCCCCAAGCGUCGGAAAGGAAACGCCCCCGAUCCGCUGGGUCCGUCGUCGGAAGAACUAGAAUUGGAAAGGGUGGAGGUGCUGAUCAAGAAGCACGAGAUGGGGGAGCUACCGCGCAUUGAUUGGAUGGAUCAGAUGGUGUUUCGGCAGCUAGAGAGACUCAAGCUCAACGCGGAGGAAGCCGCGAGGAAACGAGCCAUACGAAUGAAGGCAAUCAAACACAAAAGCUCCGACGGUCGAAUAGAGGACGGGGAAGACACUGAUGAAGAUAAGGUGGACGACGAGAAAUUCACUCUCUACGUUGAAUUUCCCCGAUUCGAUCAUCCCAUCGUCUGGGCCGAUCAUGAAUAUCCGGCACCGCCGAUCUCGUCAUAUUCACAGAAUGCCCCCAUCAACACAAAUACUCCGCUAAAGCCCCCUCCAGAGGUCCGAUUCGGCCCGGGUAUUGAAGGUGCCGACGGUAGUGGUGUGAUAAGAAUAUACGACCCCGAAGUCGGACAAACAGGGAACCCAUGUGAGGACAAGCACAGAAGACUGAUCCGUAGCACCCGAACGGGCAUCAUGGAUCGGGAUUUGAAGCCGAACCCCAAGAUCCGCGAUGAACUCAACGUGAUCCUAUCGUACGAGCCCACGCAAGAUCUAACGGCAGAGGAGAAGGAUCUCGUGUGGCGGUUCCGGUACUACUUGACGCGCGAGAAGAGAGCACUCACCAAGUUCGUCAAGUCGGUCAAUUGGCGGGAUGUCGGGGAAGCGCGCCAGGCAGUGGAGAUCCUCCCCAAAUGGACGGAGAUUGAUGUGGAUGAUGCGCUCGAGCUACUCGGUCCGACAUUCGACAAUGCCGCAGUUCGUUCAUAUGCAGUGGAGAGACUCCGCAAGGCUGACGACGAGGAAUUGCUUCUAUACCUUCUGCAACUUGUCCAGGCUCUGAAAUAUGAAGAAAGCCCCGAGGGCAACGCGGGAGACGCUGCUCACGAUUCAUCGUUGGCUAAUUUCCUCGUCACGCGUGCCGCCAACAACUUCAAGUUGGGUAGCUACCUACACUGGUACUUAAUGGUCGAAUGCGACGAUACUGGACCAGGUACAUUAUCCGCACAGCGCAGACUAUUCGCGAGGGUAGAGUACUACUUCAUGACAGAGCUGGAACAGGUGUCACCAGAAAAUCGCAAGACGCUGCUACGGCAGGGCGAGCUAGUUGUCAUACUCACUAAGGUUGCGAAAGACGUCCGGUUCUCCCGCGAUAACCGCGUCCUCAAAAUCGAGAAACUCAAGAAAUACCUCAAGGACCCGAAGCAUGAACUACUCCAGAUCGACCCCCCAUUACCGCUUCCCCUCGACCCCGAAAUCAUGGUAACCGGCUGCUACCCGGAAGAGGCCAACGUCUUCAAAUCCUCCCUCUCGCCAUUGCAAAUCGUCUUCAAGACCUCAGACGGCCGCAAAUACCCCAUCCUGUUCAAGGUCGGCGACGACCUCCGGCAAGACCAACUGGUCAUCCAAAUCAUCAUCCUCAUGGACCGGCUCCUCCAGAAAGAGAACCUGGACCUCAAACUCACCCCCUACCGCAUCCUAGCCACCAACGCCACAGCCGGAGCCGUGCAGUUCAUCCCCUCCGCCUCCCUCUCCGCCAUCUCCGCCAAGUACAAAUCCGUGCUCGCCUACCUGAAAGCCAACAACCCGGACGACAACGAGCCCCUAGGCGUCCGCAAGGAAACCAUGGACACCUACAUCAAGUCCUGCGCCGGCUACUGCGUGAUCACGUACCUCCUCGGCGUCGGCGACCGCCACCUGGAGAACCUGCUCCUCGCGCCGGACGGCCACUUCUUCCACGCGGACUUCGGCUUCAUUCUAGGCCGCGACCCCAAGCCCUUCGCCCCGAUGAUGAAGCUCUGCAAGGAGAUGGUCGAGGGUAUGGGCGGCACCACCUCCCCGCUGUACCUGCAGUUCCGGGAGUACUGCUUCACGGCCUACACGACGCUCCGCAAGUCCGCCAACCUCAUCCUGAACCUGUUCAGCCUGAUGGUCGACGCCAACAUCCCGGACAUCCGCGUCGAGCCCGACAAGGCCGUCCUCAAGGUCAAGGAGCGCUUCCAUCUCGAGAUGACGGAGGAAGAGGCCAUCCGGCACUUCGAGCAGCUCAUCAGCGACAGCGUCAACGCCGUCUUUGGCGUCGUGAUCGAUCGGUUGCAUGAGUUCGUGCAGGGGUGGCGGGCUUGAUUUGGCCUUUCACUUUGUUCUUCUUGCCAAUAACCUCAGAGUAACAUAAUCAUCAUAACAUAACUUAAUCAUGGGAUUCUAGACACUAUUUGGGUUUUUUUGUGCUUGGGAUAGGAUGCUGGAGUUCGGUUACUACUACUACUGCUACUACUUACCUAUGGGGCAGGAAAGGCGCAAAGAUCCUGCAU